AAAGCUCAUGGUGUAAUUCAGUGUUGUGCUGUAGUGAACCUUGAAGAUGGAUAUAAGAAGGCUAAAGCAUUGCUUAAGGAAAGAUUUGGUUCAGCCUAUACUAUCACGGAGACUUGGGUUAAGAAAAUCACGACAGGCUCAGCCAUAAAGGCAAAUGAUGUUACAAAAUUGAGGGAUUUUGCCGACGAGUUAAGAACAUGUGCUGAAACGCUUGAAGCAAUGGGAAAUUCCUCAGAGUUGAGCACACAAAGCUCACUGGUCAAAAUCACUGAACGCCUCCCUGGUUAUUUGGAGCACAAAUGGAAACAGGAAGUACGUAAGAUAAGAAAGGAAGGAAGGUGCCCAGAUAUUAAAGAUGUCACUGCAUUUGUUGUUGAAAAUGCAGAAAUAGCAAAUGAUCCAGUGUAUGGUGGCCUAGCACAUGUGAAAAGGAGUGACAGUCGCAGUGAUUCACAGAGGCGACCCAACAACCGAUGGAGUUACAGUAUUACAGCUACCAGUUUACAGCCUAUUGGUGACACAAGAAAAUCUAUUCAGUCACCAUGCAUUAAGUGUGGCAGCAUUCAUUCACUAUUUGGGUGUACAGAAUUCAAAGCCAUGAAAUUGCCUGAGAGACUCAAAUUUGCCAAUGACAAUAAACUGUGUUACAACUGUUUAAAGCCAGGACAUUUCUCUGAGAUGUGUAGAUUACAACGUACAUGCUCAGUGUAAGGGUGCAAUCAAAAACACUAAAUUCUUGCACCAGGUGAAGCCAACUGUUACAAGGGAACCAGUUCAUGAAGAUUGAUCUCACAUUCAGACAGGGCUAAACACUUCUCUCAGUGCUGUAAAUGAAGUUUCGUAUGGAGCUCAUAGGACCAGAAAGGAAAGUGGUAUGCGAAUUGCCUUGCCAAUAGUACCAGUGAAAGUGAAAGUUCCAGAAAAAUCACAGUUUGUGCACACCUGUGCGUUGCUGGACUCGGGAUUCACCAGUACAUUUUGCUCAGAGGAGUUGAUGCAGUCUAUUGGUGCACAGGGUGAAAACGCAGUGUUAAAGCUUACGACCUUAGAAAAGGAACAUAGUGUCUCAGAGACUGUAGUGAUCAGUUUACAGAUUUCUGAUUUAGAAGACAAAAAUGUGAUUGAUUUGCCAGUUGUGUAUACAAGACCAUCAUUACCUGUAAACAUGGAAAACAUGCUUCGUGCAGAAGACAUCAGAAAGUGGAGUCACUUACAAGAUGUGCAUUUUCCUGAAAUAGAUCACAUGAAUGCCAAGGUGAGCAUAAUAAUUGGGCAAGACAAUCCAGAGGUGCUUAUGCCUAUUGAUGUGAAGAGAGGUCAAAAUCCAAAUGAGCCAUAUGCGACAAAAACUGUGUUGGGCUGGACAUUAAAUGGACCGCUUGGUGGCAAGGGUAGACAUGUUGCCAUGGCAACAUUUAUUCAGGCAGAUCACGAGCUGAAUGAGCAAUUGGAACAGUUUUGGAAAAUAGAAGGGCAUGGAACAUUGAUAUCUGAUAAAAAGGGUUUAUCAAUUGAAGACAAGCGGGUCCUCGCUUUAUGGGAAGAUAAGAUUCAACAUGACGAGCAUUACAGUUUACCGAUACCAUUUAAAGACAGGCAGCCUCAUUUUCCGCCAAACAAGCAGAUGGCCGAGCAACGCCUAGACAGCUUAAAGUGAAAAUUGUCACAUGAUCCUAACUUACAUCAAGCGUACACAUAAUUUAUGGAGGACUUAAUUGACAAAGGUUAUGCAGAACAAGUCAGCCCUGAGGAAGUUGACAAAGAAAACGGCAGUGUAUGGUACCUACCCCACCAUAAUGUUGUGAACCUAAAAAAACUAGACAAAGUAAGGGUAGUAUUUGAAUGAAAAGCUAGCCAUCAGGGUGUCUCAUUGAGUAGUCAAGUUCUACAGGGGCCAGACAUUGUGAAUUCUUUAUUAGGUGUAUUGUUACGCUUUAGACAGCACCCUAUAGCCAUCAUGUCUGACAUAGAAGCUAUGUAUCAUCAAGUGAAGAUACCAGAAGUGCAGAGGGAUUCUCUUCGUUCUCUAUGGUGGCCUAAAGGAGUUCUGGAAAGAGAACAGAAAGUUUAUCGAAUGACAGUACAUUUGUUCGGUGGCAGAUGGAGUCCCAGUUGCUGUAAUUUUGCAUUGCAACGCACAGCAGAAGACAACAAAGGUCAUUACGACACAGAAGUAGUCAAUACUGUUUUACAGAAUUUUUAUGUAGAUGACUGUUUAAAGUCGGUAAUGAGUGAAACAGAGGCAAUCACCAUGGUCAGUCAAUUACAGAGUCUGCUGCAAAUGGGAGGU